CCAACAGUUGCCUCGUCUCUCUCUCUACCUCUAUUUCUCAUAUCACAUCCUAUCCAUCAUGGCAGCGUCUAUAGCCCCUGAAUGCAACGAUAUCAAAGAGAAAUACGAUACCUGCUUUCUCAAAUGGUACAGCGAAAAAUACCUACGCGGAAACACCUCAUCCAAUGAAUGUGAAGAGCUCUUCACAAAGUACAAGUCCUGUCUGACUAAGACACUCAAAGAACGAGGAAUCGAUGCGAUGCUCGACGACGCCAGGAAGAGUAACCCGGAAACCGAUUCUGAGCAUAACCGAUGACCGUGAACCUGAACCUGAACCUGAACCUGAACAUGGAUCUUUGAUUAAUAAGGUGCAAUGACUAGUUAACUAGUUAGAAAGCUCCUGUCUCUGCUCUAGAGACCGCUCUUUCCUUUUCCGAUCGUUCUUCUUCCGGGGAAACACGACAGUCAGCAGCGCCAGCUUGUUUCAAAACUAUACAGCAACCCUCUCUCUCUCUCUCCUCUGCCCUCUGCCCUGUGUGUAUGGUUGACUUCGCUCGGAAUACAGAUGAACUCCCUGCUUCUGUAUGUGUGUACAUACAUAUUUUAUUGUAUACUAUGCGAUGUCCGUG